AAAGUCUGUAAAACGAUUGCAAACAAUAAGUAACAGAAGAAAACAUGUCUACUGUCAUUGGUAUUACAUUUGGUAACAGUUCUUCAUCGAUUGCUGUUGCUUCCUCGGAAGGAAAAGUUGAUGUCAUUGCCAAUCCAGAUGGUGAUAGAUUUAUUCCAUCAGCUUUAUCAUAUGUAGGUGAAGAUGAAUAUCAUGGAGUUCAAGCAGAAUCUCAAUUAAUUAGAAAUCCAAAGAAUACUAUUAUUAAUUUUAGAGAUUUUAUUGGAAAAAAAUUCGAAGAAGUUAAAAUUGAUGAAUCAUUGCAAAAUGGUGCUAAACCAAUUAAAGGUGCUAAUGGUGAAAUUGCUUAUGAAAUAACUAGAAAUGAUAAAGUUGAAAUUCUUUCAGUUGAAGAAAUUAGUAUUAGACAUUUUAAACAAUUGAAAUUAGCUGCUGAAGAUUUUAUUGGUAAAGAUAUUGAAGGAGUUGUUUUAACAGUUCCAACUGAUUUUACUGAACAUCAAAGAGAAGAAUUAGUUAAGAUAUCUAAUGCAUCUGGAUUAAAAGUAUUACAAUUAAUUAAUGAACCAACUGCUGCUUUAUUAGCUCAUUUAUCUGCCGAUGAUGGUGAACGUUCAUUACAAGAUAAAAUUUAUGUAGUUGCUGAUUUUGGUGGUAUAAGAUCUGAUGCUGCAGUUAUCUCAGUUAGAGGAGGUAUUUUUACUAUUUUAGCUACUGCUCAUGAACAUGGUUUAGGUGGUGAUAAAUUUGAUGCUGCUUUAUCAGAAUUCUUUGCUAAAGAAUUUGAAAAGAAAUAUAAGGCUAAUCCAAGAACAAAUGCUAGAUCUUUAGCUAAAUUAAAAGCUGAAUCUAUUGUUGUCAAGAAAACUUUAUCUAAUGUUCAAACUUCUACUUGUUCUAUUGAAUCAUUAGCUGAAGGAUUUGAUUUCCAUACUUCCAUAAAUAGAUUAAGAUAUGAAUUAACUACAAGACAAUCAUUAUCUGAAAUGACUGCUUUUGUUGAAAGAGCUGUUACUAAAGCUGGUUUAGAACCAUUAGAUAUUGAUGAAGUCUUAUUAGUUGGUGGUGUUUCAAAUACUCCUAAAUUAGCUUCCAACAUUCAAUUUAUUUUCCCAGAAUCUACCACUGUUGUUGCACCAUCAUUAGAUGCAAAAGCUAUUAAUCCUUCUGAAUUAGUUGCUAGAGGUGCUGCUUUACAAGCUUCCUUAAUUGAAAGUUUUGAUGAUGAAGAAAUUAAAGAAUCUUUACAACCUAUUGUUGUUAAUACUCAACAUAUAAUUAAACCAAUUGGUAUUAAAGAUGCCUCUGGUAAAUUCCAUCCACUCUUAGUUGCUGAAACUGCUUAUCCAAUUAAAAAAUCUUUACAAGUUACUAAUGGAGAAUCAAGUUCUAUUUUAAUUGAAUUAUAUGAAGGUAAGAGAACUAUUAAAGAAACUGUCAUUGAACCAACCAAAGAUGAAGAUGAUUCAGAAGAUGAAGAAGAUUCAGAUGAAGAACCAGAAAUUGUUAAAGAAUUAGUUUAUGAAGCUGGUGAUAAAUUAGCUACUUUAUCAUUAAAAGAUUUAAAACCAAACUCUCAAUUAGAAGUUACUGUCAAUAUCACUCAAAACGGAGUUUUACAUUUCUCUGGAAGAGAAUUGAAACAAGGAUCUGUUGCUGUUAAGGGUGAAAUCACUUCAGCUUAGAUAUCAUUAACUUAUAUAUAAUGUAUAGAUAGAUAAAUGCUAAAUGCUAAAUGCUAA